AUGAUUGCCGAUCAAGAAUUGAGUUUCUUUGCCAAUAUUCUUGGAAUUUUUAUUUUUGUGUUGGUGAUCGCAUACCAUUUUGAGAUGUUGGAUUUCAAAUAUGAAGCGAAUUGA